CGACUCAUUGGCGAAUUGGAUCACGGCAGCGAUCGCUCACAUCGGCCGCUGCAGACAGACCGAAGCCCAGUCGUCCGAGUUGAAGAUGGAGGAUCUGAUCUAAUUACAAAUAUGCUGCUUUACUUCAAAAACGACCGACUAAUUGCUAUGUGAAGUGAAUCAGGACACGCUGAGAUCCAGUUGAAGGCUCGGUCAUGUACUCGGAGUGGCGAUCGCUACACCUGGUGGUCCAAAGCGACCAGGGCCACCUGAGUGUAUUGCACAGUUACCCGGCAGGCGUGGGACGGGACGUGGCCAAUGCAGUGGUACGACCUCUGGGAAACAUCCUCGGAGGCGCGCCAUCUGAAUGCAUCCUAAAGACUGACAAGGAGGUCAAAUGGACCAUGGAGGUUCUGUGUUACGGUCUGACUCUCCCGCUGGAUGGAGAUACGGUGAAGUUGUGUGUGGAUGUCUACACUGACUGGAUAAUGGCCCUGGUUUCUCCAAGAGACUCCAUCCCGCAACCCAUCAUCAAAGAACCCAACCUCUACGUUCAGACCAUCCUCAAACACCUGCACAACCUUUUUCUGCCCAGACCCGAGCACUUCAGCCUGAUGCACUUCAAAUUGUGUCAGCAAGUGCUAUCUGCAGUGCAGAAGUUGGCACGGGACUCAUCGGGUAUGGCCCGAGAGACAUGGGAGGUGCUUCUCCUCUUCCUGCUCCGAAUCAAUGACACGCUACUUGCCCCGCCCACUGUGGGAGGAGGUAUAGCAGAGAAGCUGGCGGAGAAGUUAAUAAGCGUGUUGUUCGAGGUUUGGUUUCUGGCCUGCACGCGAUGUUUCCCCACGCCACCCUACUGGAAGACCGCACGAGAGAUGCUGUCCAACUGGAGACACCACCCUCCCGUGGUGGAGCAGUGGAGUAAAGUCAUCGCCGCUCUCACUUCCAGGCUGCUGAGGUUCAUGUACGGCCCGUCGUUCCCUCUGUUUAAAGUGCCAGAGGAGGACUCUAGCCUCAUUCCAGCUGAGAUGGACAAUGACUGUGUGUCACAGACGUGGUAUCGCUUUCUGCACAUGCUCAGUAACCCUGUGGAUCUGAGCAACCCCAUCAUAGUGAGCUCCACCCCAAAAUUUCAGGAGCAGUUAUUGGGGGGUAACAGUGUCCCGCAUGAGGUCAUGCAGCACCCCUGUCUCAAACAACUGCCCCAGAUCUUCUUCAGAGCAAUGAGAGGAGUCAGCUGUCUCGUGGACGCCUUCCUCGGUGUUGCUGUUUCUAAGAAACUCCCAUGUUGUGAAAUUCUGCCGACUAACGGAGCCACAGUGUCUAGGAGCAAUUUUCGUGACAGACUUCCCUCCAUAGGUGUUGCUGUAUCUCGGAACAAUUUUCGAGACCGGCUCCCAUCUUAUGGUAUAUCUCGCCCGCGGUCAGACAGUGCUCCGCCCACCCCUGUUAACAGGCUCAGCAUGCCGCCACCCCCAACGACAACUAACACUACACCCCCUCACAACCGCAGGCACCGCCCCACUGCUGUUACCAAGACAACCAGCAAAGCUUCAACGACCAGCCAAACCAAAGUGGCACAACAACCGUCCACGUCGCCUCUCUCCAGCCCAAACCAGACGAGCUCAGAGCCCCGGCCACUCCCCGCCCCAACCCGACCGAAGGUCAACAGCGUGCUGAAUCUCUUCGGCCAAUGGCUGUUUGACGCCGCGCUGGUCCACUGUAAACUUCACUCGGGUCUGAGCAGAGACAGCAGUAUGACGGCCCUGGCCACUCAGACUGGAGUUGAAUUGAGACGGAAGGGUUCUCAGAUGUCCACGGACACCAUGGUGUCCAACCCCAUGUUUGAUGCAAAUGAGUUUCCUGAUAACUAUGAGUCUGGUCGGGCUGAAGCGUGUGGAACGCUCUGUAGGAUCUUCUGCAGUAAGAAGACCGGAGAGGAGAUUCUUCCCGUCUAUCUCUCCAGGUUCUACAUGGUUCUCAUCCAGGGCCUUCAGAUAUCAGACUUUAUCUGUAGACCGGUUCUGGCCAGCAUUAUCCUGAACUCUUCAGCUCUCUUCUGCUCUGAUCUCAAAGGCAUCAAUGUUGUGGUUCCAUAUUUCAUAUCGGCGCUGGAGACCAUUCUGCCUGAUCGAGAGUUGAGUAAGUUCAAGUCAUAUGUGAACCCCACCGAGCUGAGGAGAGCAUCCAUUCACAUCCUGCUGUCCAUGCUGCCUCUUCCUCACCACUUCGGCAACAUCAAAUCAGAGGUUCUUCUGGAGGGGAAAUUCAGCAACGAUGAUAAUUCUAUGCAUGACAAGGCGGUCACCUUUCUCUCCCUCAAGCUGCGAUUGGUCAAUAUUUUGAUUGGCGCCCUGCAAACAGAGACAGACUCGAUCAAUACACAGAUGAUACUAGCGGCGAUGCUCAAUAUCGUCCAGGACUCUGCGCUUUUGGAAUCUGUUGGAACUCAGGCUGAAGUGGCCAGUGUGGAUGGCAGUCAUUCUCUGGCCAAGAGCCACAGUCGCAAUAACAGCGGUAUCAGCAACACGAGCGCGGGCAGCUCAGAGGCCACUACCCCAGACAGCGAGCGAUCCGCACAGGCCUUGAUGAGAGACUACGCUCUUCACACAGACACAGCGACCGGGCUGCUGAUCCGCAGUAUCCACCUGCUCACCCAGAGACUCACCUCUCAGUGGAGACUCGACAUGAGCAUCUCGCUGGCCGCUCUCGAGCUUCUCGCCGGCCUCGCCAAGGUGAAGGUGAGCGUGGAGUCCUCUGAUCGAAAGCGAGCCGUCAGCACGGUGUGCAGCUACAUCGUGUAUCAGUGCAGUCGUCCGGCUCCACUUCACUCCAGAGAUCUGCACUCCAUGAUCGUGGCUGCUUUCCACUGCCUGUGUGUGUGGCUUACUGAACACCCCGACAUGCUCAACGAGAAGGAUUGUCUGAUCGAGGUCUUGGAAAUCGUCGAGCUCGGCAUCUCGGGCAGCAAGUCCAGAACCACAGAACAAGAAGUGAAGUAUAAAGGUGACAAAGAGCACAACCCUGCAUCCAUGAGAGUGAAGGACGCUGCAGAGGCCACAUUAUCUUGUAUAAUGCAGGUAUUGGGGGCGUUCCCAUCUCCCAGCGGCCCCGCCUCUCCAUGCAGCCUGCUGAAUGAGGACACGCUGAUUAAAUAUUCACGACUCACCUCCACGUCCCACAGCAACUUCAGAUACAUUGUUCUGGAUAACUCCGUCAUCCUGGCGAUGCUCGAACAACCACUGGGAAAUGAACAGAACCCCUGUCCAUCAGUUACAAUGUUAAUCCGAGGCAUGUCCGGUCGCCACGCGUGGACAAUGCAGCUCUUCCAUCAGCCCAGAGGAGCAAGAGCCAAUCAGAAGCAGGUGUUUGUCCCUGAAAGUCGUCCCACUCCCAAAAACGACGUAGGGAUUCGGUUUAACGUCAAGCACAGACCGUUCCCGGAGGAAGUGGAUAAGAUCCCGUUCGUGAAAGCCGACCUGAGCAUCCCAGACCUGCAUGAUAUUGUGGAUAAAGAGCUGGAGCAACAGCAUGAUAAACUCCGAACCGUGAUGGCCAAACAGAUGGACUACGAGCAGAAGCUGGAGCAUCAGACAGAGGACUUAUGGAGGAACAAACCCUACCCUGACCCUCUGACAGACUGUAAACCUCCUCCUCCAGCCCAAGAGUUCCAGACCGCUCGACUCUUCCUCUCGCACUUCGGCUUCCUGUCCCUAGAGGCACUCAAGGAGCCUGGAAACAGUCGACUGCCUCCUCACCUCAUCGCUCUCGACUCAUCCGUGUCCGGCUUUUCAGAUGACAUCAGUUAUCUGGACCUGUUGCCUUCCCGACCAUGCGACACCGUCUUCAUCUUCUACAUGAAAGCUGGACAAAAGAGCAGCCAAGAGAUCUUGAGGAACGUGGACUCCUCAGCUAACGUUCAGCCUCAUUUUCUGGAGCUCUUGCUGUCUUUGGGUUGGCCGGUGGAGGUCGGACAGCACCCCGGAUGGACGGGAAGUGUGUUCACCAGCUGGACCAUAAACACACCCAAUGGCACGGAAACGCCAGACGACUGUGUGACGCUGGGAGACACGGGCGGGGGUGUGUUCAACGGAGAAAAGCAUGUGCUGUAUUACGCCGACGGACUAACGGAAAUCGCGUUCGUCGUACCGUCUCUGAGCGACUCGUCCGCUGAGUCGUCUGAGAGCAGCUUUCCGACCGCAGACUCCGACUCGCAGAUGGAGCUGUUACCCGCUUUACUAAAACAACACAACCUCACGCUGGAGCUCAACCCCAAUCACUCAGAAAACAUGGGCCCGGCACAGCGGUCUCCCACGGUGAAGAGCAGGAAGUUGCCGGCGGGCCGGACGAUACCUCCGUUAGGACCAGACACCAAAGUGUUGGUCGUGUGGGUGGAGAGAUACGAUGACAUAGAGAACUUUCCCGUGUCAGAAUUACUGACGGAGACGAGCACAGGUGUGGAGACGGCACCCAACAGCACUGCGUCCAGGUCCAGCUCUUCAGAGAAGGACGUCCCUAUAAUCUUCAUCCACCCGCUGAAGACCGGGCUGUUCCGAAUCAAACUGCAUGGCGCUCUGGGUAAAUUUAACAUGGUCAUUCCUCUGGUGGACAACAUGGUCGUCAGUAGAAGAUCACUCGGGUUCCUGGUGCGAGAGACUGUCAUAAACGCCUGUCGGAGAAAGCGUCUAGAAAGCGACUCUUACAGCCCUCCACAUGUGCGGCGGAAACAGAAAAUCUCCGAAAUCGUGAACCGUUAUCGUAAUAAACAACUCGAGCCGGAGUUUUACACCUCGCUGUUUUUGGAGGUCGGUGAGACGAGUCUCAAUCCGUAAAUGGGCGAGGGCGGAGAUUUUCAGCGUCUGUGACGAUGGAUUAGUUGUGUUUUCCAUGUCGAUUGGCCAAAAUCUCGCAUCUCCUCCUUAAAAUCCAUUCUUUGUUUAAUCCGUUUCACUGGGGGAUCUCAUGAAAACUUGGUCCGGUUCAUUCCUCACCAAAAUGAUUUUUUUUGCUAUUCGUUACUGUAAUAUCAUAAGGUUUCGGGACAUUUUACUUUCUCAUUAUAAUUUAACUUUUUAUUUAUUGAUAUUAUAGCAUAAUGUUGAGGGUGUACAAUAAAUGAACGAUACAACACGCAUAAUACGUGUGUAUACUGUAUAUACUUGACCAAUAGUACAUCAUGUUUUGUCUCGCAGUGUAAACAUUUCAAUAGUUACAGUAAAAUAGGACAUUUUUGGGCGAAAUAUGACGUGGACAUGUUCUUGACAAGUUUCAUGAGAUAAACCCGUUACUGUACUUCACAAUGAAUUUAAUUAUUUCAUCAUGUUUUAUCGUACACAUCACUAACUGGAAGCAUUAGCUCAUCGUCACAAAAAGUAAUUUCCUCCACAAACACGAUUACAAAGAAACACUAAAAUCCAGGUCAUGUCGGCAGCAAAUGAUAAGAUGCAAGUAGCUUCCUUCCUCCAUUCCCCCCCCCCCACACACACACACACACACACACACAUGUUAUGCGUGUUAUUCUUAUUACACGUGUCGUCCAACUUCAGUCUUCUAACCUUAUUCUUCCUCUUCUGAAAAUCUUUCAGUUUAUUAAUAAUGAGAAAUAGAGGUGUCGAGGCAUUAAGGUUGUGUCUCCAUCGUGUCUGGCAUCUCAACAGACAGUGGAGAAGGAUUAUGAGGGAUUUGAGCAUGCAACAGACCGCACAAACUACUGAGUUUUCACCUGGUGCUCAGACGCUGCGUGACUUUGAACCAGGAUUCAUUUCUGUCAAUGAACAUAUAAGGGCUUUUCAUUUAUUUUAUCGUCUUUUUUUGAAUACAAAUGUCUGCUGGGUGUCUAAAACACUGUUACACACAUUUAUUUUUCCUGCGUUUUCAUUUGCUGACAUGUUAACUAGCUCAGCGGUUGCGUGUCGCAAACCCGUACGUUUUGAUUUUGUAUGUUUUCACAACACAAGCACUGUAGACACAUAAGGGACAUGAAAUGUUACUCUUCUCGGGUCAACUAUGUUUGUAUCAUUAUUAUGUUAAUGUAUUUCUGUACAGCACAUCUUGUGUUGUAAAAGAACAUUUCACCUAAACCGGGAGACAGUUUUGAUCCGGUUAUUCAUCAUGAUUCAAAGUAGAAUUGAACAUCAUGUGUCAUUUUUGUGGUCAGAAGACUCAAUAAUUUCUGUCCCCCCUUUUCUUCUUUUUGUAAGAAGAGAACUGUAAGGCCUACAUGCAGCAUUGAGGAUGUUCAUGUGGUUGGUCGGAGGUGUCGCUUUCCUCUUUCGGUGUGUAAAUAUCGGCGGCGCGGACUUUGUAUAAAGUUUGACUUUGUAUGUAAAUAUGCGGGUGUGAAGUCGAGCUCACUCAUCUUAUACUAUUGAUUAGAGACAGCACGGCAAACGAAAGCUUGUUUGUAUUUAUGCCUCAUAUGUGUGUCCAAAACAAACAUUGGAUAUUGAAUGUAACACAUGUAAUGAAAUAAAGAUUUUAAUUAAAUUCUUAUCAUAAAACGACUGUGGUGCAGAUUUGCAUUGUA